AUGCUUCGUGUUCGCCCGGAGGAAUGCGAACGUAUCUUAGAAUUAAUUAAAAAUGACGCUGUUUAUAAGACAAGUUCAAGUGCUUCACAACUUCCAAUCGAACUGCAACUCAAAAUAGUGCUGUAUCGGUUGGGAUAUUCCGGCGAUGGACAAUCUGUUCGCAAAGUGGCUUCCUUGAACUUAUUUGGUGUGGGUGAUGGAGGCACUAUUAAAAAUGUAACGCAACGAAUUUUUAAAGCCAUACUGCGAAUUAAAAAAAUGAGUUUUUAUUACUGGCCCAAUGAAAGAGAAAGACUGGAAAUUGUGUCCGCAACUGGGAAAGAAAUGCCAGGGUGUGUGGGUUACAUCGAUGGUUCCGAAAUAAAAUUAGCUGAAGCACCAGUUAUGCAGCAUGAAAUUUACUAUUCGCGUAAACGUCAAUAUUCUGUAAAACUACAAGCGAUUUGUGACUAUAAAUUGCGCAUAAGACAGGUGACGAUUGGUUUCCCAGGCAGUGUACAUUGA